CUUUCAAGACCAAACCGAUCGGCGUCAUUGAGUUUCAUUUUGAGAAAUACGCACGUUGAAUUGUAUCAUGCGGCUGCUCGCACGAUGGGAUACCGAGCGGUUCCCGUGGUCGGCGAUGGCCCAGCGGCUGCUACCGCUCCUGGCGGCGAACGACGCAGCGACCUUCAAGCCACUGCAGCAGGCUGCCGUGAACCUUGCGCAGCGCGGCUUUAGCCUUUUCCUGAACCUCCCCACGGGCGCGGGCAAGAGCCUCUGCUUCCAACUGCCCGCGCUGCUGCCCGCCGCGAACCGAGUCACGGUCAUCGUGUCGCCGUUGCGGUCGCUUUUGCAAGACCAACAAGCCACGUUGGCACGUCUUCAGCUCUCGGACCGUGCGUGCUUUCUCUCGCCCGGGAAUGUGCCCCACGCGCUCUCGGCCGAGACGCGCUUCUUGUACACGACGCCCGAGAUGGUGCUCACCAAUCCAAAGGCCAACGCGCUUCUCUUGCAGCUACUGCACGAAGAUCGUCUGUCGCGCGUGGUCGUGGACGAAGCCCACUGCAUUGUCGAGUGGGGCAGUACCUUCCGCCCUGCCUACAUGGACUUUGCGCGGCUGUACCGAACACACCUGCCACAAAUCCCGCUUACGUUUCUCACAGCGACCGCGUCCGACGAGCUCAUUGAGGCCACCGCACGCAUCUUCCACGUCGCGCCAAUAUCGCUGCCCGCGCUCGACGCCCCACCCUCGCCCACGUCGAUGGUCCUCCUUCAGCACUUGACCGACCGUACCAACUUGACGCUCCACGUCGUCCCCAAGCCUUCACCGCCGCCGCUUCUCGCACUCGACAUCCUCCGCCGCGUGCGCCACGAGCCAAGCAUCGUAUACGUCUUGUCGCAAAAAGACGCGGAAGCGGUCGCCAAGUCGCUCGUGGCCGUCGGCGCGCGGGCACAGCCAUACCACGCCGGCAUGUCGGACGCCGCGCGGAAGAGCGUCCAGUACCAGUGGAUGAGCGGGAAGAUCUCGAUCAUUUGUGCGACUGUGGCCUUUGGGAUGGGCAUUGACCGGUCCGAUGUCCGCCACGUGGUCCACCAUGCGCUGCCUCUCUCGCUGGCGUCGUACAUGCAGCAGAUUGGUCGAGCAGGCCGCGACGGCGCGCCGGCCGUGUGCACGCUCUACUACGACCCGAGAGACGCCUCGCGCGCCGCCUACAUUGCGAGCGGCGACGGGUUUGUGGACGCCAGCACGUCUCAUGGUCUCCGCGACGUUGUCGAAUUCAUCGAAGAAAGAGGGUGUCGGCGCCAAGUGCUCUAUGCCCACUUUGGCCACUCGUUGGACGACGCAUGUUGUGAAAAUUGCAACUGCGGCGUCUCGAUCGACCUGCCGACUGAUGCCAACGAGAGCAGCGAGCGGCGCGUCCAUCGGUCCAGUGACGCUGCGCGGCAAGACGCGAACGACCUCGAGCGCCUCUACCAUACGCUGCAACAGACGCUCCAGCGGCGUCCCAACUACCGCAAAGCCAACGUACUUUCGCGCAAGACAAUCCAGAGUCUUUUGGAGCUGCAACCCGAGAGCGCCGACGAUCUGCAGCUUGUGCGCGGUCUCAACGUCGCACAGAAAGCGUUUGUCGUUGAGCACUUGCAUAUGUUUCAGGCGCCGCGCGGUCGGGCGUAGCGCCAGGUCCACGAGUCUUUUUGUUGAUACACUGAAAGAUUGAUACGAUA